AGAAACUAUAGUCUCAGAGUCCAUGUUGUGUGUGAUGGACAGAAGCAUGGUUAUGAUUUGACUUUCUUUACAGUUAAAAGUCUUCUCUUCAAUCAGAGGGGUUGCUGCGCUGAACUCAAUUAAAUCCAUCCUUCAGAAGAACUGCAUUCCCUUAGCAAAGCCAGCGGAAUGUAAAAGCUGAUUACCAAACACUGCAUAAGCUCUCAGUAGGCUACCUCACGUUUUUACAAUAGUUUUGACAUCACAUUUUGUAUUAUCACGUUCUCUUCGCAUUUCUGGCGUCAAGCAACCAGGCUACAGAGGCUAGGGGCAAUCUAUGUGCAUGAGAGAGACAAGUUCACGUCUGAGAAAUGUAUUUGAUAUUUACGUGACCUGUUCUUGAUAUGGAACUUCUGUUGAAGUACAUCCCAGCAAAAUUUGUUUAAAGAAAUCUCCAAAGUUCUUGCUGCUUUGCUGUGUGCUGUCGGACUAAAGAAGUGACUGAGGCCAGACACUCCACCCAAGCAUGGCGUUCGGAGAACUCCUAGAGCAGGUGGGCAGCACCGGCCGCUUCCAGGUGAUGCACGUUAGCCUCCUCUGCAUGCCCGUGCUGAUGAUGGCCAGCCACAACCUGCUGCAGAACUUUGUGGCCUCCGUGCCGUUACACCACUGCACCGCGCAGGCCAACCUGUCGCUUCGCACGCUCACCAGGGAAGAGGUGCUGCGUGUCACCGUUCCCCUGGACGAUAAGGGCAAGCCAGCACGAUGCCAGCGCUUUGCCACCCCGCAGUGGGACCUCUUGAACGCGACGGAUGAGGAGGCUGAGGAGGAAGACGCCUAUGCAGACACUCCUGACGCGGAGGUGCAGGGAUGCCAGGAUGGAUGGGAAUAUGACUUUACAGAGAGAAGCUCUACAAUUAUUUCAGAGUGGAAUCUGGUUUGUGACCUGCGCUCAUUAAAACAGAUGGGGCAAACCAUUUACAUGGGAGGGGUGCUCAUCGGUGCUCUUAUAUUUGGGGGACUCUCAGACAAAUUUGGAAGGCGUUACUUGCUGCUAUUCUCCUAUCUCAUGAUGGCAGUGUCAGGAACAUGUGCUGCCUUUGCUACCUCCUUCUCCCUCUUCUGCCUCUUCCGUUUUGGCUGCGGAAUGGCCCUCUCUGGACUGGUGCUCAACACCCUUUCUCUGAUUGUGGAGUGGAUCCCCACACGAGUGCGGACAGUUGUAGGCACAGGGACCGGUUACAGUUACACCAUCGGGCAGCUGGUGCUGGCACUACUGGCAUAUUAUAUCCGUGACUGGCGCUGGCUCACUUUGGCUGUGUCGAUACCGUUUUACUUCUUCUUCAUUUACUCCUGGUGGUUUUUGGAAUCUGCCAGGUGGCUGGUUUUAAAUGGGAAGUCCGAACAAGCAGUCAAAAACCUCCAAGCUGUUGGUCGAAUCAAUGGCCGCCGUGCAGAGGGAGAGAAAAUUACUCUCGAGGUCCUCCAAGAGUCCAUGAAGAAAGAGAUCUCAUGUGUUGGAGGAUCAUAUUCGGCUCUGGACUUGGUCCGCACCCCUGUGAUGAGAACCAUUACUAUCUGCCUCAGUGCAGUCUGGUUCUCCACAAGCUUUGGCUACUAUGGACUUUCCAUGGACCUGCAGAAAUUUGGAGUGGACAUUUACCUGAUUCAGGUCAUCUUUGGAGCUGUGGACAUCCCUGCAAAAGUAAUCGUCACGGUGGCCAUGAGUGUGGUUGGUCGCCGGCCCUCCCAGUGUGGAGCACUUAUCUUGGCUGGCAUUGCCAUUCUUGCCAACCUGCUGGUGCCCUAUGAGAAACAGACGAUGCGCACUACUCUGGCUGUGUUGGGGAAAGGCUGUCUGGCAGCCUCAUUCAACUGUUGCUAUCUCUACUCUCCAGAGCUGUACCCUACAGUCAUUAGGCAGAAUGGCAUGGGCUUUGUUUCCAUGACAGCACGAUUAGGAGCUAUGGUGGCCCCUAUGGUCCAGUUAUUAGGGGAAAUUGUUCCUUGGCUACCUGGACUAAUUUAUGGGGGAGUUCCUAUCCUAAGUGGCUUUUUUGCCAUCUUUCUGCCUGAAACUUUGGCCUCCCCUUUACUAGAUACAAUUCAAGAUGUAGAAGAAAGGGGUUACAGGCGGAAAAACACCAAAGCCUCUACUAAGAAGGAGGAGCCACCCACAGAAAACAAUGCAACCACACCUCUGAAGGAUGCUGCCUAAACUUACGUACCUUUCAAACCUGCUGUCAGGUGAAAACCUCUAUCCCCAAACCUUGUAUUUUUUAAAUAAUCCAACAUUGCAUCCUCAAAAUAAAAAAAAAUAUAUAUAUAUUUUUGGAGAUACAAGGUUUCCACCCGACAGCAGCGAUGGUGUUUAUGCUACCAUCAGUUUCACUGCAAUGUGGAAUAUGUGUAAGAAAGCAAUUAUGAAAUGUUGAUAUAUUGUUAUUCCAUAUAAUAUAAUUGUCAUUUGUAUUUAGGCUAUGCACAAUUGUCCUGAAUGUUUUAUUCAAAAGAUGUAUAUACUGAAAGAUUUAUACCUCACUGACGAGUUAUUAUUAUGUUAAAUCCUUUUUGUUGAUCAAUUCACUUUUCAUAUACUUAAUUUGUCACAUUAAUCAAAUUAUUCUCUCUCUCACACACACACUAUUUCAAGGCAUAAACCUAACCAAGAAAUGCAAAAUAUUUUGUGUAGCAUAUAAUGAUUAAUAAUAUAUAAUAGGAUAUGCAAAUAAAAAUAAAUUCUUCAAAAAUUGAGCAUGACAACGGAAAAGUGUCUCCUAGCUAUUUUGAAUGUAGAUGACUUAGGCCUCACAUUAAACACAAAAUAAUAAUAAUAAUAAUAAUAAUAAAACAUUCCUCUGAUUUAAUGUUG